AUGGCGAUGAUGAUGAGUGGCCGUGUGCUGCUGGUGUGUGCCCUCUGCGUGCUGUGGUCCGUUGCGGCCGAUGGAGAUGUUGUUGUUUCUGGUGGGGAAGACAACAGUCUGAAAGAAUUAUUUAUUCCAGUUGCGAGAUUGCAGGAAAGACAAGAACAAAGAGCAGUAGAAGCAACAGCUGAUGCAAAGGCAGCAGCAGAAGCAGCAGAAACAGCAACAGCAAAAGCAGAGGAAGCAGAGGCAGCAGCAACAGAAGCAAAGGCGGCUGCAGAGACAGCAGCAGAAGCAGCAAAGGCAGCAGCAGAGGCAGCAGCCACGGCAGCAGAAGCGGCAGCAGCAGAAGCAAAAACAGCAGCCACAGCAGCAAAGGCAGUAGACACCGAGGCAAAAGCAAAAGCAGCAGCAGCAGCAGCUGAAUCAGCAGCAACAAAAGCAACAACAGCAUCAGAAGCAGCAACAAAAGCAAAAGCAACAGCAUCAGCAGCAAAGGCAGCGACAGAGGCAGCAGCAGCAAAGGCAGCAGCAGCAGCAGCAGCAAAAGCAGAAGAAGCAGAAGCAGAAGCAGCAGCAGAAGCAGCAAAGGCAGCGGCAAAGGCGGCAGCCACAGCAGCAGAAGCAGCAGCCACAGCAGCUGAAGCGGCAACAGAAGCAAAAACAUCAGCAGAAACGGCAAAAACAGCAACAGCAAAAGCAAAAACAGAAGCAGAAAAAGCAGCAAAAGCGACAGCAACAGCAACAGCAGCAGCAACAGCAACAGCAGCAGCAGAAAAGGCAGCAACAGCAGCAGCAAAAGCAGCAGCAUCAGCAGAAAAGGCAGCAACAGCAACAUCAAAAGCAAAAGCAUCAGCAGAAACAGCCAAAGCAAAAGCAGCAGCAGCAGAAAAAGCAGCAGCAGAAAAGGCAAAAGCAGCAGCAGGAAAAGAAGCAGAAGAAGCAGCAGAAAAAGCAACAGAAGAAGAAAAAGCAAAAGCAUCAACAGCAAAAGCAGCAGUAAAAGCAGCAGCAACGGAAGCGGACGCAAAAGCAACAGCAGGAAAAACAGCAGAGGCAGCAGCAGAAGCACUGCGAGGUACGACAGUCCGAGAAGAGGAGGUAAAAACAGCAACACAUGAUCAGGAUAAUUCAGUCGAACACCAUUCUGGAGAAAAACAAGAGCUUCUACAAGAAAAAGAACCGGAACGACAAGAAAAAGAACAGCAUGAAAAGCAGCAACACCAACAGCGUGAACAUUCCGCAGGAAAUGGCGAAGAAUCCCCGAAAGAAAAAACUGCUAAUGGUACAAAUGCAACUGCAAUUACGGACGACAGUGACGGCAGCACGGCGGUCUCCCACACCACCUCCCCUCUUUUGCUUCUUCUUCUUGUUGCGUGUGCGGCUGCUGCUGCGGUGGUGGCCGCGUGA